GUUCGUUGAGAGGAAAGCAAUGGCUCUGGUUGGAUACACGCUCUAUUGUCUGUUAGAUAACAACUGGAUCAUCGAGUUCGAUUUCGACACCUAUAAUCUGCAAGUAAUCGGGGAGCUGUCAUACAAAGUGCUUAAUAGCUUCAUCGGGCGUAUCAUCAUGACGACACAGGAUGGACAGCUUGGUCUUGCAAGCGUUGGGGGAUUCAGUCUCCAAUUGUGGUCAAGUACAACUUGCAUUGACGACGGGAUGGUAACAUGGGCAGACCGCAGAGUCAUUGAUCUUGAGAAAUUGCUUGCGCCGGAAGUUGUGGCAGCGUGUACCGCUCCAGUGUGGCCAAUUGGCUAUGCUCAAGAUGCUGAUGUGAUCUUCAUUGAAGUGUACCCUAGCGGUGUCUACACGAUCCAUCUCAAGUCCUUGCGCAUUGAGAAGGUGUCGGAGAAUAUGGUUCACGGGUACAUUUGUCCUUACACAAGUUUCUACGCUCCAGGAAUCAACAUUGAUGGUCAAGAUGAUCAACCUGAACUGUUGUUGAACAACACUUGAGAUGAUUGAGUUGUCACAUCUGGUAUCACGCUUUGGUUGUUGAGGUGAUGUAACAUUAUCUUUUACUACAUGUCUAUUGUUUUCCUUGCGCAUUUUGAUAGUUUUGUGGUUCAUAUAUUUGUAAAUGAACCGAUCAAUAUACUCUCAGUGCUAAGAAGCUGCAGUGCUAGUGCUGCAGUCUGAAUCUUUACUGAACAACGUGAUUAUUUUGCCAUUUUCCCUAUUCUUUCUCAGUUACAAAGUUUGGAAAAAGAAGUCUGGGAGAUAAAAGGCUUUUCUCUGCAUAUAGGUUUCAAUUUGAUUUUUUUCUUCUUCUUUUGAAGUUAUUUUAGUUGGAAAUAGGGUUUGGGUUCAUCUCAAGGUGCUUGAGCUGUUGCAGCCCGGGAAGUGUAUCCACAGUUCCACACCUGACUGUAAAUCAAAUCGAGCGGAAGAACGCAAUUUUGCAUCAUCAUUCAAAUACCUGCUACAGCUACCACUUUUUUCCCAACGAACUAC